AUGGAGAUGCUGGGCUAUCGUCAUUUCUACGCUCUUUUCCUUCUAAGCCUUCCCCUGAUCCUCGCACAACCUAAGCUCAACAUCAAGAUUCCUGACAGCAGAAUCAGGGCACAAGAGAUCUCUGAGCAAUUGAUGCAUGAUCAAGCGAACAAUAUAGAUUCACCGAAUAGCCAGUUUUCCAAACAAUUUUUUAAACAGGAUCACGCGGAUCAUCUCUUUCAAUCACAUUCAACAAAAUCGGAAACGGGGGUAGCGAUAGACCGAACGGCAGAAUUCACUCAUCAGAGCGAGAUCGAAAUGGUAAAAGAUUGGAUGAGUUUGGAUCAUCAAAGCUGGUUUGAUGAACUGGAAACCAUAGGAGUUGAUUUAGAAGCACUGGAGAAGGAGCGGAACAGUUAUGAGAAACUCAAUCUUGAUAUAUUGGAAGAAUAUCAGAGAUUAUCUCGUAAAUUCGAGUCCAUAGUCUUAAAAGAAGCAAACAAUAAGAAAGACAUCAAGAAAAAGUUCUUGAAGGCGGCGACACAGGUUGAACUCACUGACGAAAUGAGUCAGAAAAUUUGGAACAAGAUUGUUAAAAAAGUCAGGCUUGCAAAUACUCCCUACGACGAGAGAAAUGGGGGUCUGUCUCAUUGGUCGCGAUUCUUAAGAUUCAUUUAUUGGAAGACGCUGAAGAUAUUCUCUCCAGCCAAUUUUCGUCGGAAGAAGGCUUUGCAAUACCUCGACAAGCUGGAGCUUAUGGGUACAUACAAGGGAAGCUCCCCGAUCUGUAUCGCUCUUAAAGAGCUCAUGGACAUGAACGACGAGGGUUUGAGACUCGAAGACAGAUUCAACAGCUUUAUCAUCUCGUUAUAUAAGAAGUUCACCAUUGAUUUUAAAGACCCUAUAGUCACAGAGCUAACCAAAAGAGCCCAAAUGCGUCGAAAUAUUUUACCAGAAGACGCAAAAACCAUCAUCCGCUCUCACAAACGGCUUUUAGAGCAAAGCCUCCUGAACCUCAAUUUUUCUCCAAGGAACGAAAUUGAAGUCUCUGUGAUUGAUUCUGUGGCACUUGAACCAACAAUUGAUAUAAUACUAGAAUUACUUGAUACAAAAGGCAGAAAGAGAUUUGGUUUACUCAAAUCAAAAGAAUAUUUGUCCCAUUGGAUGGAGAAAAGAUUGGCAAAGACUAAUUGGAUUCUUAAAAAAGUUGAAAGGAAUUUAGAUUUAAAUCAGGAUGAGACUUUCACUGUUUGGGGUAUGUUGGAAGAUCUUCAAAAUAUGGCCAGAACUUCCAUUGAAUUAUCUGACAUACAAAGAGAAAAUUUGAAAAAAGUUUUGGAAAAAGUUGGGUUCAAUGAGACCUUCAUCAACUUACAAAAAGCUGAACUCUAUCUGAUCAAAAAUAAGAACGAUUCGGGUCCUGAUUUUGAUGACGACUCGCGUGACUUUUUGGAUGAAGUCGUUGGAUACAUUUACAGUUCCAGACCGUGGGUCUAUAAGGAUGGAUCUGAAGAUUUGGUAAAGGAGCUUGUCAGAAGAGUUGAUAAACGUACCGAUGAAGAUGCAAUCAUUGUGAUGAAGACCUCUGUGGAAAGGCUCAGAAAAGACCUCGAAGGCUUAGAUCAACUGAAAAUGAUGCGAUUACGCAGACAGAGAGCACGGAAAGUGAAAUUUGAACCCUCACCUCUUCAAGCAUCGGGAAGCGCACUGAAACCAGCACCGGCAGCAACACUGACGAAGGCCAUGGUUGCUACUAUGCGCAAUGUAAGAAGUAGAAUGAAGGACAAAGUGACUAAAUACCGAUUUGCUUUAACUGAAAGGGAGAGACAAGAGAUUCAAGGUUUUGUAGAGAAGGCAAGUGACAAGAUCAAAGCUAUGGAAGACAAUCAGCUUGCGAUCGAGAUGCUUCAAAUUGCCAGGUCAAAGGACUUUAUGAUUCCUAUCAGGAAGGGAUCUAAAGAUCUCCUUGCAAAACUAUUAAAAGAUGAAAAACUCAGCCCUUUAGAAGCCCUAACUGUUCAUUCAAUUGCGCAAGAUUACCUUUAUAAAAUCAUAGGUCGAAUGAAUAAACUUGAACUGGCGUUAUUCGAGAUGUCAUCCUCCAAUGAGCAAAGCUCUCUUUACUAUAGAUUAAGCAGAAACUGUUUGACCAUAGGUGAAAUAUACGUACUGAGCGAAGCUCAGGAGAGGAGCGACUUUGUCUCUAGAAAGGAGUGGUUGGUUAUGCUAUUGGCUAUAAAAGAUAAGGAGUCAUUAAGGGUUGUACCAGAAACUUUGAGGCUGAAUGGUGUUAAAGGAUAUCGAGGUAGUAUGAGUGACGAAGAUGAAUUGUUAGUUUUGAGAUGUGCUGAAUUAGUCUCCAGAGAAAUUAUGCACAAGAUCGGGGGAAGCGUCAACUUUGAACAAGUCUCAGGAUUGAUCACAGCCCUUGGAUUCGGAAGAGCUACAGUGAUUCAGCUACUUCUAUUGAUGUCACAAUUGAAAGAAACAGAAUUGGAAAAGAUCCAACAGGUACAUCGAGAAUUUAUAGUGAAUGAGAGUGUUAGUGCCAAAGAGGCAUAUGAUGCGCUUCUUCCGAUAUUUCAAAGUGGAAAAUUGCGUCUGAAAGUUUCGAAGGAGACCUCCAAACUGGAAGUGAUGAGAAAGAAGCUCGCACGUAAGGAAGAGACUGAUCUUCGACCACAAAGACUGGCAGCUCUCUACCACUUCAACCUAGUUGAUACAUGGAAUACCUUUUUGAAGAAGCAGUUAGAAACCCUAGGACUUGAUGCAGACUUACAUUGA